AUGUUUAUUAAAUAUCCUACAUGGAGAAUUCCUAUAGUAUUGCUUUUUUUAAUAAACAUUAUUCUUACCACUGGUAAUUAUCGAGAAAACCUUGCAUUACGUCAUCCAUGCAAUAAAAUCAAUAAACGUCUCACACCAUAUAUUACAUGGACAGAAAAACUUGCCAGUAGUCAAUACAAAGUUCAUAAAGAUGCUUGUGGUCAGAUUGGUAUCGGACCAGCAUGUUGUACACAUGAUAUUAUGAAUUCUUAUGCAACAUCACUUGGUACUAAAUCAAAAAAUAUACUCGAUGCGGAAUUAAAUAAUUUAACAAUGUUCCUUUCAAUAUCAAAACAACAAAUUGAUACUUGGUCAAAAGAAUACAUCACAGAAUCGCGUCGUUUAACAAUAUCUUCACUUGAAACAUUAUUUGGUAUAAAAGAAUAUCGUUUAAAUAUUGAUCAAUCAGUAUCAAUUUUAUUCGAUACCCUAAGUAAUAGUCAUUCAUCAGUUGAUGCUGUAUCAAAAUCAACUAUAGAUUUAUUUAAUCGUCUAAUUAUUUCAUUAUAUCGACGAUUUAUAAUAAAUGAUGAUAAAAUAUUACUUGAUGAUGAAUUUCAAAAAUGUCUUGUAAAUAAAGCAUUUGAUAUGGAAGCAUUACCUAAACAACGUGAAAUACUUUAUAUAUUAACAAGUGCUUCAUCAUUAAUUCAAAUAUUUUAUACAAUGCUUGUUUAUAUUGAUGCAGAUAUUCAACGAUUAAAAACAACAGCAACAAUGAAUUCAAAAGAAUGUAUACAACGCUAUGCAAGAGAAGCAUUAUGUCCUAUAUGUCUUGGUACAUCAUCCUCAUUUAAUCAAAUCAAUAAUAAUAAUAAUAAUAAUGAUGUUAGCGAAGUUUUAUGUAAAAAUGAUUGUCGCUAUAUAAUUAAAACAUGUGUCAAUCAAACAAAUGACCCCUAUAUGGAAUUUGCUUUAAUUGCUAAAAAUUAUUCUGACAUUAUAAAACAAAUUGAACAAGCUACUAUUGAACUCAAGCUUGUUGAACAUCUUGCGAAAUUACACAUUUACUUAUAUGAUAUGGUUGUUAAUGUUACUAAUAGUCGACACAUAUAUAUAGAACUGCAAACUGCUUGUCCGAAUCAAAAUAUAAAACCUUUUAGUCCUAUUCUUUCGUUGCCACCAACAAUAACUGAACGACGUGAACUUGUAUUUCAAUGGAAUAGAUCAUUACAUUUUUUGCUCAAUCGAAUUCAAACAUCUAUAGAUGAUCUUGCUACAAAAUUUACAAAAAAGCUAAUCGCAGGUAUUUGUUCCAAUUCAAAAUAUGCUAUCAAGUCAGAUCGAUGUACACGAAUCGAUAAACAAAAUAUAAACAGUAGAAUACAAUGGCCACUUCCAUCCAUCUCAGAGCUUACAUUAAAUACAAAUAACGCAGAACAAAUACGUAAUCAACUUGAUGAACUGAAAAAAAAGAUGGUACCAAUACGACAAAUAAUUAAAUCUCUUCAACCGAAAAAAAAAUAUUCAUUAAUACAAUAUAUACCUGAUUUUGAAUCAUAUAAUGAUGAUAUUAGUAUUAUUGAUUAUGAUACAGAAUUCUCAGCUUCUUUCGAAAUUUAUGAUACUGAUCAUCAAGGAUCACUUAGUGAACGACUUUACAAUGAAAUUGAUGGAUACACAACACGUCGAUUAAUUGUUACUACUAGUAAACAUACUGAAGGAAAAAUUAAUAACAAUGGUGAAUUGAUAACAUAUAGUUUAUUAUUAUAUCUAAUAAUUGUCAUUAUUCAUCAAGUUUGA